GCUCGAUUUACUGUACCACUUCACCAUACCUCGCAGCUUGGGCGGAGGGCAACAUACAUUUUGAAAGCAACAUCCAUCACAGCAUCACAUAUCCUUACUUUCUAUCCAUUUAGCAUGUCCGAUUCGCCCACUUCGUCCAAUGGCAUUAUUGAAAUCUUGAGUAUAAUCUUGGACGCGCUGAUCCUGGCUAAAAAGACUAUAGAUACUCAAAAAAAAACCAUCCCUGGGGCAGACGAUGACCUCAAGCGAAAGUUCCACUGGAUCAACUGUUCCCUCAAGAAUAUUACUCAAUUCAACUACACGGUUGUAGACACCUAUUUUUCCUCGGGCCGCUACUGGAAAGCACCCGAAGGCAAUAAUUCGUUCUCUUCAGUGACGUUCUCUUGUUGCAAUGGCGAUAAUGCCAUCACAGGCGCGACAGGGGGCACAGCGUUCAAUCUGUGGCUUGACUCUAAGCAAUCGUUUGACUUCGCAGUGGGCUGGACGGACCCGCUCCUAGGCUCAAUCAAAGCUGGAGUCGUGGAAUCCGCCGUUGCCAAGGCCGGCUAUGAGGCGGCCACCAGAGAAGGAGGGCAUAUUCAGUCCAAGAACGUCUAUAUGGGAAAGGACAAGAAAGGCAACCCUGCGAAGUUCUAUAUUAGGGUCUCAGCUUCACCAGGCAAGGACCCUAUGUCGUUUGUAGUGCAGCAGGUUCCCUACGUGGCUGAGGAUGACAAGAACAAGUACUAGUACAAGCUUACCUUAGGAGGGGUUGCACAAUCAUGUAUCGGCGCUGAGGUAGCCACCGUGUUUACCUCUGGUGGCUCGUUCCCAUGGCUGACAACACCACCAAAUAUACGCCGGUGGUGACCUGAGAUUGGCAGGAAUACAUUGAAUACAUCCUGCCCAUUUAUAAUAUUAACGCCCGAUCAUGUACUUUCACCAUCGAAGACAUCGGACAGAAUGGAAA